AAAAUACCACACAAUACAAAUAAUAAACGGAAAAUGUGUUGUUUUAAACAUUAAAUAAAAAAAAGCGAAAGUGUCGAUACAAAAUAAAAUGAAUUUGUUGUAUAUUUUAGCAACAGUAUACUUAAUACUAAGUGAGAUAAAUAAAAUUGUACAAGUGUCAGCAAGUCAACCAAAAUUAAAAUUAGCUAAAAAUACUAAUAGUGAAAAUAGUGAAAAAGAUAAUGUAUCUACUGAGAGCAGUGAUGAAUUUGAACGAUAUCCCCAUAUAUACUGUAGAGACGAGGAAUAUCUGCACAAGUUCAUCAGUCAUGACAACAAAUCACAAAUGAUAUGGGUCACUUGGAAUCGUACAAAGGCUGGUGAACGUGCUGUCUUGCCAAACAUCUGCUCAGUGGACAAUGGUUUACCCUUACGACGCCGUUGCUAUCGUUUUGCCCAAGGCACACGCUGGGAGAGUUAUGACAACAAAACUGUAUUGAUUGAUUGUCGCAUUAGUAUGUUUUGUCAAUCGGAAUCAUUUGAACAUUAUGUUAUAGCAAACAAUGGUGAAUUAGAGUUACAACAAAACGCCUGGAAACGUGCUAAGAUAGGGGAGUUUUCCAGUUUGCGUAACAUAUGUCUACAACCUAAUGGUCUGCAUUUAACAAGAAAAUGUUCUUAUGACAUUAAGGCACAAAGAGCUAAAUGGGCUUCCGUAGACAAUCUAAAGAAUUUUAAAUGUUUACAGCAUACACGACAACAGGUCAUAAGUAAACAACUAAGUGUUUUACAUGAAAAUAUAACCACAACAAAUUUUCUAGUUAGAGAUAUGAUAACACGUCGUCAUACUGCCACAACUUUGCUGAGCCUAUUGGAGCAACCAAAAUCAAGGUUACUGCCGGCUGAUGUACAAUUGACCAGUGAAAUUUUAAAAAAUAUUGUAACUGAUUCCCAAGAUAUCGAAUUAUCUGGUGAUGUUAUGAAAAUAACCCACAAUCUUAUGUCUACCGAUCCGCUGGUUCUAAGAAUGUCGGCAGAAGUGAACGCCACAAAUAGUCUAUUGGAAACAUUUGAGAAUUAUAUGGACACAUUAACGGAGAAACUUGUAUCAGAUAGUCAUUGUAAAGUACAACUGCCGCCUACAAGCAUAGCCACUAACCUGCCCAUGAAUAAUAACAAUGACACAUCAGUUGAAAUUUUAAAUUUAUCGAAUAUUGGUGUUUACGGUCAUAUCACCCGUAAUAUCAGUGUAUUUUUUGUCAAUCCCAAUUGCGCCCUCAUAUCGGGUAUUGCUAUUUAUGACUCUUAUCACCAGCAGAAUCAUUCGCAGCAACAACAAAUACAUUAUGAUUCACUUAAUAAUUUUUAUUAUCGAUUUAUUUAUAUGAAUGAAUCAGUUAAUGACCUAUUGCAAGAAAUGCAUCUAGAAUUGGCGUCAUUUAUUCCCACAGACAUUUGGAAUGCUUUAAAUUUUAAUGUUUAUACCUCAUAUAUAAAUACACCAGUUGUGGUGUUUAAAAUCUAUGCUCACGAUGCUUUGUUUGUGGAGCAAAACUUAUUACGCUCACGAAAACCGUUUAGUAAAAUUUUAUCAAUAUCUAUGCCAGGCUUUGCAGAUCAACUUCCCGGACCUUUACCCUUUAUUUUACGCAAUAAAAGUCCAACAUACACUAUGAAGCCUUCUGCAAAUACCGGCUGUGGUUAUUGGAAUUACAGUACCUGGACUAGCAGUGGUGUUAAUACCAAUUCCUCGCAACAUUCAACGGCAACUAAUUUAAUACUUUGCUACACAAAUCAUUUAACACAAUUCUCGUAUUUGCUUGGUGGUGGAUUUCGACAAAAUGAUCUCACUGAUGAGAUUCUAGUGACGGCUGUGCAUCAACAGGCCUUGGAUAUUAUCUCCUUAAUAGGCUGUACUUUGUCAUUAUUGGGUCUUUUGGGUAUUUGGUUAACGGCCUUGAUAUUCAAGAGUUGGCGUUCUCAGGCCUCCAAUAAGGUACUACUCAACAUGUGUCUGGCGCUUACUCUGCAAAUGGUAUUGUUUCUGUUUGUCAAUACCGAUGAUGUGUCCGAGGCCUUGGUGGAGAAGCAUAGUUACACCAGAUGUGUAGUACUGGGUGCACUGCUGCAGUACUCGAUAUUGGUGCUGUUCACUUGGAUGUUAAUUGUGGCAUUUCUACAAUUUCAACGUUAUGUCACGGUGAUUGGCAUACAACGUCCUAAACACUACAUAAUAAAGUCAGCUGUAGUGGCUUGGGGUUUACCCUUAAUACCCACACUUUUGGUAGCUUUAUUGGAUUCAAAGUCGUAUAUACCGAGUAAUUAUCAGCUGGCCACCGAUACCGGUAUAUGUUAUCCCUCAGGCAAUGGUUUACAUUUUGGUGUUAUACUACCAGUCUCCUUGAUAGUAUUGGCCAAUUUAGCAAUAUUUUUAUAUGUUUUCUACAGCAUUUCCCAUACGCUCAGCAUGUCCAUGCAACGUAAUGAAAAACAAAUGGUCAUCAAACAGAUAAGACUUUCCAUUUUGUUAUUUUUCCUACUGGGGCUCUCCUGGAUCUUUGGCAUAUUUGCCUUUAUGAAGGCAGGCAUUGUGUUUUCGUAUCUAUUUUGUUUAACAGCCACCCUGCAAGGUUUUGUCUUAUUUAUCUACUUCGUGAUCAUAGACGAGAAUGCGCGUAGUUCUUGGCAGAAAUUAUUGUGUCCCACUUGUGGUAAGAAAUCGCGCGAGAAAAAAACUGCUGAACUGCAAUCGAUGGCAACGGCGACAACAUCACUAACUCAUGACAUGAGUUCUUCGAGAGACCGUUAGACUGUAAGCAUUUUAAUAAUAUUAAUUUUGCAUUA